AUGGGUGACUACUCGAAAGCACUUGAAUUUUACGAAAAAGCACUUAAAAUCGACGAAAAAGCUCUGCCUUCGAAUCAUCCCUCAUUGGCUACUUCCUACAACAACAUCGGUCAAGUGUAUAAAAACAUGGGUGACUACUCGAAAGCACUUGAAUUUUACGAAAAAGCACUUAAAAUCGACGAAAAAGCUCUGCCUUCGAAUCAUCCCGAUUUGGCUACUUCCUACAACAACAUCGGUGGAGUAUAUGACGACAUGGGUGACUACUCGAAGGCACUUGAAUUUUACGAAAAAGCACUUAAAAUAAGAGAAAAAGUUCUGCCUUCGAAUCAUCCCUCAUUGGCUACUUCCUACAACAAUAUCGGUUUGGCGUAUUUCGGCAAAGAUGACUACUCAAAAGCACUCUCAUUCUUAGAAAAGGCACUUUCUAUCUGGCAAAAAUCACUUCCACCUAGCCAUCCUCAUAUUCAAUCGGUGAGAAACGCGAUUGACAAUGUAAGAAAGAAAAUCUAAUUGUUGUUUUAUUUUCUUAAUAAAUUUAUUCACAUUGCUAAUCGUUUCGAUUUUUCUCGGUUCAUUUUGGCUUAUUCGCGCGCGCGCGACAAGGGAGAGAUCCCUUGUCGAUGCCAUAGGUACCACAGGCGGACCACGCCGGACUGGUAGGGCAAUGGCCGAAGGUAUACUGUAUUAACGAUAGGGACCAACGACACAUAGAGGCCUUCUCUAGCACUACACUGCUUCGCUAUGGCAAAAUUCCUCUACCUAUUGUAUCAGACAACGUAGUUCUCUGACCCACACUAAUAACACUCAUAACUCAACUCAUCUCAUCUCAAAAGUACUCAUACUCAUACUCAUAAUAACUGAUAGUAUUUAUUUUUUCUCAAAAUAACUUAUCUCAACUCAACUGAAUAUGUAAAAAUUUUUUUUUCUUACUUCUCAAUAUUGUAUAGUAUCGAAACUCAUCUAAAAAAAAAGAAAAAAAAGUAUUAUUAAAUAUAUAAUGAAUUUAUUAUUUACCUCAUAUAGAAUUUAAUAAUAUCAUUAUCAUUGUAAAUAAUAUCAUAAUAAUAAAUAAUAAUCCCGGGUAUAUAAAUACAUUGUAAUGCAUU